GAACGUUUCUUCCAGUCCAGUUUCUUCUGGGGUACUAUAGCGACGCACCACCCCGUCCUCAGAUGUAUUCUGGGAAGAAGAGCAGUCAAGUCAGGUGUCCCCGUUGCUCCGUGUUUCCUGUUUUAUUCAGAGAGAAGCCAAAGGUAGAUUUCAAGUGAAACCUAAAAGUUGUAUCUGGACAAACAUCACCUGAUUUCAUUAAACAUGGAUGGAAGAUCCACCUGUGACCAGUGUGGAAAGACUUUCACCACAGCAAGUAACCUAAAAAAACACAAACACAUCCACACUAGAGAAAGACCAUAUGAGUGUGACCAGUGUGGAAAGGCUUUCGCCAGAGCAGAUAUCCUAAAACUCCACCAACGCACCCACACUGGAGAAAAACCAUAUGAUUGUGACCAGUGUGGAAAGGCUUUCGCCAGAGCAGAUAUCCUAGAACUCCACCAACGCACCCACACUGGAGAAAAAAAGUAUGAGUGCGACCAGUGUGGAAAGGCUUUCACCAGAGCAGAUAGCCUAAAAUUGCACCAACGCAUCCACACUGGAGAAAAACCGUAUCAGUGUGACCAGUGUGGAAAGGCUUUCACCACAGCAGGUAACCUACAAUUACACAAACGCAUCCACACUGGAGAAAAACCAUAUGAAUGUGACCAGUGUGGAAAGGCUUUCACCAGAGCAGAUAGCCUAAAAGUCCACCAACGCAUCCACACUGGAGAAAAACCACAUGAGUGUGACCAGUGUGGAAAUGCUUUCACCACAGCAAGUGGACUAAAAAUUCACCAACGCAUCCACACUGGAGGAAAACCGUAUGACUGUGACCAGUGUGGAAAUGCUUUCACCACAGCAAGUGACCUAAAAAUGCACCAACGGACCCAUGCUGGAGAAAAACCGUAUGAGUGUGACCACUGUGGAAAUGCUUUCAGCACAGCAAGUAACCUGAAAAUGCACCAACGGACCCACACUCUAGAAAAAACAUACGACUGUGACCACUGUGGGAAGAGUUUCACCCAAAUGUGUGGGCUUAAAUAUCACCAAUGCAUCUACAGAGAAAGACUUUAUAAUUGUGACCAGUGUGGGAAGUUUUUCACCAAAGCUAAUCACCUAAAAAUCCACCAAUGUAUCCAUACUGGAGGGAGACCGUACCAGUGCAGAUUCUGUGACAGAUCUUUUAUCACAGGUUCAAAAUGUACUAAACAUGAACUUGUCAAACAUUUCCUCAAAGGACAAAAACUGAACAGUCGUACAAAAAGUAAGACAUUGGACUCUAGUGGAAAGAGUCAGUGUCAUAACACACCUAAACAGUUUGAAUGUUUCCAGUGUGAUGAAAGAUUCUGGUCAUCCUCCGCCCUCCGCUAUCAUCAGCGCAGAUGUAAAUCAUCAACGUCUGGACCAAAAUGUCCCUCAGCAUCAGAUGACAAGAAGAAACACAGUGUGUGUGAACCAGCAGCACCCACUUCCGACAAGAACAUCAGACUUAAAAACCUCCAGAUCAGACUUCACAGAAUCCAGAUGUGAAGACAAACAUCAGACUGAAGACUGUUUUGUUGUCCUCAGAGUACAGAAGUGUGUUCUAAUGCACCACCUUCAGAAAAUAGUGAUGUUACUGAACCUCAACCUGCCACGAGGUGAAAAGUUCAAUUAGUGGAGGUCAACAAGGACCUGGUUUCUAUGGCGAUACUACUUCUCAUUGACUCUGUGGAUUUUAAUCAGUAACUUGUUGUUGUGAUUCUGUUGCUGGUUGGGGUUCACAUAGUUGGAUUUACAUCAGUUAGAAACAUGAUGAACAUAAUAUAACUGAGACAGAAUGACUGAUGAGCUGGUAGUGGUUUAGUCCCAAACUGAGGCCGACAACAUGAAGGAGAUCACAUUCCAUUGGAGGAGGAAGUCUGUUUAGCUCAAAGUUCACCACCAACAAAGGAGACGUCACAGUGAGUCAGUGCUCCAUCUAGUGGUCCAAUCUGGUACUGGUCUGGUCCAGUGUUUACCUUAACAUCAAACUGGAUUCAACAUUUUUCCGCUGGUCUAACCCUGACCUGCAGAAUGUGUUUGAUUUGAUUGAAAAUGUGUUGAACUGCUGAUGACUGUGGUAAAGAAGAACCAGUGGAUGAAUCAGAAAGUUCAGGACAUCAAUGUAACUGGAACAAACAUUUAGUCAUGUUCUGUUGUUCAAUGUUCUAGUUAAUCACCUUGUUUUAUUCUAAUUCUAAAGUGGACGUGAAACAUGAGACAAAAGUAUUUACCAUAAUUGCCCUUUAACGGCAUCCACUCAUUAUUUGUUCAGUUACUUCUUAAUGUUUUACUUUUUCCACUUAUUGAAUUGAAUGAAUUGUUUAUUUUGGUUUGUACAUUAAUCAUUGCACAUAGUACAAUAAUUAGAAUAAACAUAAACA